AUGAGGAGUUUGAGCGUACCUGGUACGAGAUCCAACAGCUUAAUUUCAGGGUCAGCUCUGCCUCUGUGUCUGGUAUUAAGCGGCCGGACUGGAAACUCUAUAGCUCACUCGUUGGCUAAGUUUGCCACAAAUCUGGCAGAUGAAGUUGUUUGGAUGGAAGAUUCCCCUUACCCAUGGAAGAAGACUAGGGUUUGGUUGGGUACAUUCGAUACACCCGAAGAAGCUGCACUCGCUUACGACGGUGCCGCUCGUUCGCUCCGUGGAGCCAAAGCUAAGACGAACUUUCCGCCAACAGUUCCAACCACCGUAGGCGGCGGCGGUGGGCUUCCUCUCCCUCUCGAUCUCAACCUUCCCUCCUCCAACAGACUCGUACUUGGCGAGUUUUUACACACCGGCGUUCUCAAAGACAUCAAUUGUGUCGCCACCGAGUCUGACCCGUCUUCCUCGUAUCAAGUUAAGCGAGAACCUCAAGCUUCCGCCUCUGCUGUUACUGUCGCUUCCGCCAGACCCACACAUCAUGUCCUUGAGAGCUCCGCCACGGCGUCGUUUCUAGGUCUCGUGCGGCGUGGUUUGCCUGUCGAUCUCAACGAGCCGCCUUCUUUGUGGCUUUGAAUGACAUGAAUGAAUGAAAUGAAUGCUGGUCUGACCUAUUUUAUUAUGACGGUGUUUUUCACCCCUUUAAUUAGUUCCUUUGUCUUUAUUUAUUUUCUCUUUUUCUUGAGACUAUCUGAGUCUAGUAGUAUUAGAUUAGUAGU